AUGGAUCCGCACCGCCAACUCGUGUUGCUUAUGUGCAAUAAUUGCGUUACUGUACCCAGCGUCGAUCUUCCUGUUUGGCACAUCUGGCCCAUCUACCACCUUGACAACGCGCCCCAUCGUCUCCAAAGCAUUCCGCUCCUCAGGGUGGCCUUCUUCCGGCUCCAUAUAAGGAAGAUCUGGGCGAGCAUUUCACACUCUUGUUUGAGGCUGAGGUGGAUCAUAAGUUGCAAGAAUUCCGAGCCCGGGCAAGUGCGAGCUCGUCGCAAAUCCUGGCCUAACCAAGCUGCGGACGCCUCUGCACUCGGAAUCCCUCAUAGAUAUACGAAAAUAAGAUGGAAUGAGCAAUUUGGCUGGCCUAAAGAGACCUGGCUUCAAUCUGAGCCGGAUCUGCUCCUGGCUAGGGUUGGAGGGAGCCAUGAGUUCGCUUGUAAGCGAGACUGGGAGGAAUUGCAGAAGACUGAUGAUGAGAGACGGAAGGACGCCGUGAAGAGUCAGGGCAAGGCGAAAUUUGCGAGCGUCAAAGAAGGUUCCAAAGACUAUAUAUUCGAGGGAUCUAGACAUCUAGACUCAGCCCGAUUCGAGAAAAUGAAGAAGGAAAAGACAUUAUGUAACCAUACUAUUCCGAAGACCAAUGCUGCAACAUCUAUCCAUGCUUAA